CUAAAAAGCUAAGCCACUGUUAGCUUUCUCAACAAGAACCCUUCUGAGUGGAAUUUCUUAAGUCACAGUCACUGGUCCAAACACCUAGCAAAGAGUUACAUUUGAUUUACGUAAAAGUGGCAUAAGAUCAUUGUGGCUGGCCAUACAGUAUCUUGCGCAGAUCCGGACAGAGACUCACUCAGUUCGUGUGGUGGCUUCAUUAAGGUCGGCAGAAGUGGGCGCUGCGAAGAAGGUCCUGUUGAAAAUCCGGGUGAUGAACAAACUUAAGCUGUAAAGUUUAACUCCAUAGUUGGCGUUUAGACGGAGGGUAAUACCCGCAACAAUGGUUUUGGCAAUAAAAUGCAUCCCACGUAUGCAACAGUUUAAUUUAUGCUGUUUCUCCUGCCAGCUGAAGACGGGAACUAUGACUGUAGCAGUAGUUUUACUGAUAACAGGUCUGAUAUAUUUCAUCAAAUCCUUUGUCAGCUUGUGGUAUUACACAGAAGAAGAAGAAGAAGAAAGUUUGUUUCUCCUUCCACCAGACAGUAGGGAAAUUCUCGCCUCCAAGGUUACCACCUCCGCAAUGUAUGUUUUCAUCAACGGGCUUCUUAUAUACGGAGCAUGGAAAGAGAAGUCUAUACUUAUGCUGCCCUGCGUAUUUACUCACUUCGUUUUCGUUGUUUUAUUCGCCAUAUUGUUAGUCAUGGCAACCAUUGACCUGUUCAAAUUCGAUCAGGUUGCAUCUGGCAUUAUGAUAAUGGUGAUUGGUGGACUAAUUUUGGCGUUCCAGACGUAUUGUUUCGCUGUGGUCUACACGUUUUAUAGGCAACUGGAAGACAGUGGCUGCAUGGCUUCGGAAAACCUCGAUUAUGAUAAACGUGUUGCUAUAGAAGAAACAAUCAUAAACCCAGAAGAAGGGCGAAAGACGUACACACAAAUAGAGCACGAUAUUCUGCAAAAGCAGCCACAAGCCGUGUAAAUUCUCGUAGCAAUACAGAGUGUCCCAAAAAUAUACACAUACCUUCAAUAAAUUAAAUAGACACAUUUUAAUAAUCUAAACCAUUUUACAAGUCAGCAUUCCAUUUCGUGAAUUAGUGAAUCUAGCGAAAGUUUUCAAAAUGGCCGCCGUUAGCUUCGUGGCAGUUGACAGAAGUGAGGAACAGACUGACAAAUUCGCUGGUGUGCGUACAUCUUUUUGGGACAUUCUGUAUAUUCUGUAGCUUGUGCACUUUAUUCUUGAUAAGCUUUCCACUGCUAUAUAUUUUGCUCCAACUAAUGAAGUCCACAUCUGCCCACUUUGGUUAGAAAAGCGUGUUAACGUGAUAAAGUUUGUAGAAAGCAAUAAUAAUCGAAUGAGAGACACCGUUAUGAAAAGUCGUUUCAGACUGGAAAAUUUCAAAAACAGCGAUUUUUACAGUGGGUCUAACUUCCUAAGUAAAUUAUUAGGAAUAAUAGAGACUACCUUUGCCAUUUGGAUGCUGCAUUGUACUCAAAUGUCUGUAUCACUUAAUAGAAUCGUAGUACAAAUAUAUAAUAUAUUAAGUAAGCAUAAAAACAAUAAUACGAACAUUAUAUGCACUCAGCUGCUGAAUAUACUACAUCAAGACUUUAAAUCAGCUUGGAAAGCAAUAUAUUCUGAUAGCUUGAUGACUACACACAAAAGAACUUAUGAUAUAGAAUGUGUUGAUCCGUAUUUCAGUUAGUGAUUAAUUAAUUUUAAUCAGGAUGUGUAUAAAUAAUAGAUGUUGUUUUAAGAAUAUGUGUAUUAUGUAACUCCUGUACACAGAAGAAAUAGCAUGAAUUUCUUAACUGCAGUACUCAUAUGAUCACAUGUAACAGUGGACGUCUUGUGUAGUUUGAUAGACUUAGAAUAUAUAAGUUAGUUACAUUGGAUUAUAGAUUGUGAUGGUGUGUACUAAAGUAUAUGAGAAUCAUAUAUUAUCUGACACUUUUUUAAUAAAGUAAAACUAAUA